GAGGAGAAGCGGUCGAGGCCAUGGCGGCGGCGGAUGGUGGUCGGGAGCUGGACGGCCUGCAGGGCAGGGCGGAGGACGGGCUCCUCAACCGCUUCGUGCAGCUGCCGGGGAGGCCGCACACGGCGGCCCUCUUUGGAGACCUUCAGGGAACACCCAGAAGAAGACACGCAUUGGGCCAGAGAUCUCCACCAGCAAGAAGCGGCCAUCGCUGCGUGGCAGAUAAUGCCAAUCUGUAUGUGUUUGGAGGCUACAAUCCUGACUAUGAUGAGUCUGGUGGGCCAGAGAACGAAGACUACCCACUCUUCAGGGAGCUCUGGCGGUACAACUUUGCUACAGACACGUGGCACCAAAUGGGCACUGAGGGCUACAUGCCCAGGGAGCUGGCCUCUAUGUCACUUGUAUUGCAUGGCAACAACCUGCUUGUGUUUGGGGGCACUGGAAUCCCAUUUGGGGAAAGUAAUGGCAACGAUGUCCACGUCUGCAAUGUCAAGUACAAAAGAUGGGCCCUGCUCAGCUGCAGAGGAAAGAAACCCAAUCGGAUCUAUGGCCAGGCCAUGGCCAUCAUCAAUGGGUCUCUGUAUGUGUUUGGUGGAACAACUGGUUACAUUUACAGCACUGACCUGCAUAAGCUAGACCUCAACACCAGAGAAUGGAUCCAAUUGAAACCAAACAACAUGUCCUGUGACAUGCCAGAGGAGAGGUACAGGCAUGAAAUUGCACACGAUGGUCAAAGGAUUUAUAUCCUGGGAGGUGGAACUUCCUGGACAGCUUAUUCCCUAGAUAAGAUCCAUGCAUACAACCUUGAAACCAACACCUGGGAGGAAAUUGCCACAAAACCUCAUGAAAAAGUCGGCUUCCCAGCAGCUAGAAGAUGCCAUAGCUGCGUUCAGAUCAAAAAUGAUGUGUUUGUUUGUGGAGGCUAUAAUGGAGAAGUGAUUCUGGGAGAUGUUUGGAAGCUGAAUCUGCAGACUUUCCAGUGGGUCAAGCUCCCAGCUGCCAUGCCUGAACCAGUGUAUUUUCACUGUGCUGCUGUCACACCAGCUGGCUGUAUGUAUGUUCACGGAGGAGUGGUCAAUAUCCAUGAAAACAAACGGACUGGCUCGCUGUUUAAAAUGUGGUUGGUGGUACCCAGCCUGCUGGAACUGUCGUGGGAGAAGCUCCUGGAGUACUUCCCUCAUCUAGCAACCCUCUCCAGAUCUCAGCUUUUGCACCUCGGACUGACGCAGGGACUCAUUGAGCGGCUAAAAUGAGAACACACCUCCUGCUUCUGCCCCAGACACACUACGUCCAGCAGCCCCCCCCCCCCUCUCCCUCCCCCUAUUUAUGGAUACUGUGGUUGGUCUUGCUAAGAACAUGGAGGAACCUGCUCAACGCCUUACUCAGCAACUACAUUGAUGCCUUUCUAGAAGUUUUUAAUUUGUUGGAAACCCACUUUUUAUUUAUGGAUCUCUGAAUUAGUCCAUGAAUCAAGAAUGCUCUGGGACUAACCCAUCCCAUCCAUCAUCAGCACAUGCUUGCAACUUAAGUGGGGGGGGGGGAGGGAGGACAGAGCUUAAGGAAUGCCUGAGAUCAUGCUAACGUGGCGCAUUCAGCUUCAUACUUUCACAAGCUGCAUCUAAUGGAGGACAGUCAAGGUGGAAAAACACCUGCUGGGAGUGGUGAUGCUCGCCCCCCAGCUGCCCAGCCAAGCUCCCCCUCUCUAAAAACAAAGAGCUCUUGCAGCUGGAGGGCUUUGCUUGUGCUAUGUGGGCUUCAGAAGAUGACUGCAAUGCUGGAGGAGGCAGUGAGCAAAGCUCAUCUUGCACAGCUCUUGUGGUGCAGUGAUUUGAAGUGGCCAGAGCUGUGCUCUUCACCUUUUCACAGGGAAAGGUUUGCUUAGAAGACUGCUUAAAAGCUGCCACUGAAUGGACUACUGUGUAGUUUACUGGAGGUGGUGAGGAAGGAGUCUGCUGAACUCACCAACAGCUUGUGCCCUUGCUAUAAGGAGGGUGAAUUAGGCACGUGGCAGCACUGGUGAGGCCACAUCUGGAAAACUCUGUGUCCAGUGUUGGUUCCUCAGUAAAAGAGAACCUGGAAAGACUGGGGGUCCAUCUCCAGCCCAUCAUAAGGAGAGCUAGGACUGCUCAGCCUGGAACAGAGGAAGCUCAGGCAUUCAAGGCCAGGCUGGAUGUGACUCAGGGCAGCCUGGUCUAGUGGUUGGCGACCCUGCACAUAGCAGGGGGGUUGAAACUAGAUGAUCAUUGUGGUCAUUUUCAACCCAGGCCAUUCUAUGAUCCCUCCCAGUGCAGUAAACACCCACCCACCUUAGGGUAGACCCAGCUCUGGUGCUGUUUCUACAUACCCCAAGUCCCAAACUUCUGCAACUCUUCGGGGCAGAUUUCUGUCCCCUCCCCUACUCUUGCAGGGUUUUCUCUUGCUUCAAGAUUGGCUCCAGCAGCUCCUCACCCCAUUUUUACUUCUUCCUAGCUGGUUUACCCUGAUGCUGAUGAGGCAGUUGGCCUUUUCUUCACCCUGUCAUAGAAUGGUUUGGGUUGGAAGAGAACUCAAGGAUGAUCAAGCUCCAACCCCCUUGCCACUCGCAGGGCUGCCAACACCUGUAUCUAAUACUAGACCAGGCUGUGCAGUGCCCCAUCCAGCCUAACCUUGAACACCUCCAGGGAUGGACAGGGCAUCCACAACCUCUCUGCAGAGGCUAAAAGCACCUCAACACUCUCAUAGUAAAGAAAUUCCCCCUGAUAUCCAACCUAAAUCUUCCCUCUUUCAAACCAUUUCCCCUUAUCCUGCUGUUAUCUACCCUUCCAAAGAGUAGACUCCUCUCCUGUUUGUAGGCUCCCUUUAGGUCCUGGAAGGCUGCAAUGAGGUCACCCCACAGCCUUCUCUUCUCCAGGCUGAACAAGCCCAGCUCCCUCAGCCUGUCUUUGUAAGGGAGGUGCUGCAGCCCUCUGAGCAUCUUUGUGGCCCUCCUCUGGACCCUCUCCAACAGCUCCCUGUCUUUCCUUCUUUGGGGCCCCCAGAGCUGGACACAGUACUCCAGAUGGAGCCUCACAAGGGCAGAGUAGAGAGGAACAAUCCCCUCCCUGUCCCUGCUGGCCACCUCUCUGCUGAUGAAGCCCUGUCCUGAGCUCAGUGGCUUUCAUUUCUUCUUGCGACAAUGUCUGUUCUGAAUCUUUGCCUUAUGGCCUCCAGUUGAGCUGGGGCUGUUCUCCUGGAUGAGCCUGGUCAUCUAUAUGAUGAUUUCUCCCUUUCCUGCCAUGAAGGAUAUUUCCCUACCCUAUUGAAACCAUCCUCUUUGACUCAGUGCUACACAACGAGCACAAGGUCUUGAAUGUUCUGCUGCUUCUCCUAAAAAUACAAUUCUUCCUAAAAUACAAUUAUACAAUUGAAGCACUGACCUUACAAAGCAUACGCCUCCCUUCUGAGGGCUGAUGGAGCUUGUGGGGCAAAGUUAAGUCCCUCUCUGCAGCACUGUACUUCCAAGCAAGAUAACCAGAGUGUUCCUGCCUCAACCAGAGCACAGCCACCUUCUUAAGGGAGAAGGAAAGGAUCCAAUGUCUCCACCAGAUCUGAUGGAGGGGAACUUAAAGCUUCCUGGUAUGUUUGAGCCCAACGCACACAUUGCAUGCAGAGAACAUCGCUCCCCAUCCAGCUGCUCACACUGGAGGAUGUCCCCAUGGAGCAACACCCACAUGGGACUGUGGGGAAGGAGCUGUAUUGCCUGUACUUAUGUGUCUGUUAGUGUUGAGCUUUGGUUUGGUUUUUUUUCUUCCCCCCCGUCAAAAAGAUAAUAAACCCAUCCAGAUCA